UAAACCCUUACAUCGUAAAGAAUGGAGCAAGGUGAUGAAGAGACGCUUGUGUCUAUUCUAUACAGUUCUUGUGAGCGGGAGAUCUCUCUGCCUAAACGAGAAUUCCCAACAUCACCGACUUUGCUCUUGAAAUGGGCUCAUCAAAUGGAAAACAGUGGGUGAUGCUUGUUGCUGGUUCAAAUGGAUGGGACAAUUACAGACACCAGGCCGACGUGUGUCACGCCUAUCAGAUAGCACAUCAGAAUGGAAUUCCAGACGAUCAGAUUGUGGUGAUGAUGUAUGAUGACAUCGCCUAUAAUAACAACAACCCUUAUCCUGGAAAGAUUAUCAAUAAACCAAAUGGACCGGACGUGUAUGCCGGGGUUCCAAAAGACUACAUCGGUGAGGACGUAACAGCUGAAAACUUUCUGGCUGCACUCAAAGGAGACCAAAGUGCUGUGAAAAAGAGUGGGCCGAAAAAAGUCAUUGCAAGUGAAGGAAAUGACACAAUAUUCGUCUAUCUGUCAGAUCACGGAUCUACAGGCCUAUUUAGUUUUCCCAAAAGCACUCUUUAUGCCUAUGACCUUAUCGAUACAAUUGUGCUAAUGACAACAAAGAAGCAUUUCUCAAAGAUGGUGAUAUAUAUGGAAUCCUGUCAUUCUGGAUCGAUGUUCACCGAUCUCUCAGGUGACUUUCAUGUGUACGCUGUGACUGCAGCGAGAGCAGAUGAGAAUAGUUACGCCUGUUAUGAGGAUACUGUGAGGAAGACCUAUCUCGCUGAUGAAUUCUCAGCUCGUUGGAUGGACUUCAUUGAAACGAAUGACUCUAAAAAUAAAACAUUCCGUGAUCAGUUUAGUUAUCUUCAGGAAACGAUGAAGGGAUCUCACUCCUGCCGUUUUGGGGACAUGGCAAUUGGUGAUUGUCCAAUCAGCGUGAUGUUGAAUAACACUCCUAAAACAGCUCAUAAAAAGACCAAUGCUGAGGGGCUCAAUUUAACUCAUCUGACCCCUAGCCACGAAGUGCCAUUCAAAAUCUUGGAGCUCCGAAUUAAAACGGAAUCUGAUGAAGUCAAGAUACAAGAUCUUAUGGGAAAAUAUGAAGCUCUUCAUCAGACUAGAGCUAAAAUCGAGAGAACAGUUCAAGGUAUCAGACAGCAUUGCUGUCCUGGCGCUGUAGUUGAGGAUGGUCGGGGUGAAAACUUUUCUCGGAUGGAUUUACAUGCGUUCAAAAGUGUCGCUGAGCAUUUCAGGACAACCUGUUUCGACUGGCACAAGGAAGAGUUUCAGAUCACCUUAGCGUACAUGGAUGUCUUUGCUCGUCUCUGUGUACAUGGAGUUAAAGCGGAGAGAAUCAUAGAGGUCAUAACAUCCAUCUCAGGUUAAAGCCCUGGUGUGUUCUCACUGUGUCAACAGCAUCCUUAAGAGCUAAUGAAACUACUCCUGUCCUUAAAUUUGAGUUCAUUAAUAUUCUUGUUCUGGGACAACUUAUUUACAUUAUGUGAUGUUUUUUUCUUCAUGUUGUGUAUCUACAAAGUCCAAUGGAAUGCACUAACUUUGAACUUCCAGCUCAAAAUCUCAAAACUACUCAGAAUACAGAAUUCUUAAUUCCUGGUGCAGUACUUUUGUUUCACUUGUGGAUUUCAGAAGUGUUCAUCUACAAAACUCUAGAAGAAAACAUUAAAGCUUAUUAAUUAAUAAUGUUUUCAAAGCGAUACUGUCUACAGUCUUAAAAAUAAAGGUGCCUUAAAUGUUCCUCACAGCGAUGCGAUAGAAGAACCACAAGGGAACCAUUUAGUCAAAAGUUCUUUAAAGAGCCAUCUCUUUCUUACCUUUUUAUAAUCUGAAGAACAAUUUUUGUUCCACAAAGAACCUCAGAAAGUUCUUCGGAUGUUAACGAUUCUUUUAUGGAACCAUAUAGACCAAAAGGUUCUUCUACACUCUCAAAAUGAAGGUGCCUUAAAUGUAUCUCAAAGCGAUGCGAUAGACGAACCAUUUUCAGUUCUUUGUAAUCUGAAGAACCCCGUUUCGCCUCAAAGAAGCGUUUGUCAAACUAUCAUACAGGUUGAUAUGUAAAUGUAUUUUACAGCUUUGAAAACCAUAUAUCGCAGUAUGUUCUAGUUUUCUGAAAAGACUAAAGAUUUGUUUUAUUUUCAAUGUUUAAUUUGUUUCCCUAAAUAAACCACACGGCAGCCUUUAAUAUCUCUUUAAAAAGAACUCUGCAACUUUUUUAAACUUGAGUUCAAGGUAGUUGAGUGUCAAAAAAAAAUAAAGAUUAUUAUGUUUGUCUGUCUUGUUA